AGUAACCUUGUCGUGUAUAAGAUAAAGAGCCGAGACAUUCCAAAGUCUUUCUCACACGAAGCUUCUAAGGAAAGACAAGAUGGACGCCCAGAAAGUUGUUCUUGCCGGUAGACUGGCGUUAACAGGGGUUUUAUGGAGAAUGUCAGGUAAGACUACUGGAGUGUACUGUCGUGCUGUAAAGAAACACUGGUGUGAGACAGUUUUCCAGUCUCCCCAGAGGUUGUUCUGCAAUGUUUCUGCACCUGGCCAGAACAGGUGCUUCUUCCACACCUCCACACCUGGUCAGAAAAGGUGGUUCUUCCACAUCUCCACACCUGGCCAGAAUAGGUGCCUCUACCACACAUCAACACCUGGUCAUCACAGGUGGCUAAGCAACAACUCCACACCCGGUCAGAACAGGUGUUUAACCCACACCUCCACACUUGGCCAGAACAGGUGCACCUCCACGCCUGGUCAUUGCAGGUGGUACUCCCACGCCUCCACACCUGGCCAUCGCAGGUGGUACUGCCACACCGCCACACCUGGUCCACACGUGUGCAUCGUCGGAAGUGGUCCGGCCGGUUUCUACACUGCCCAACACAUCCUGAAGAACCACAAGACUGCAAGAGUGGACAUCUAUGAAAAGUUACCCGUACCGUUUGGUUUAGUCAGGUUUGGUGUGGCACCAGAUCACCCAGAAGUCAAGAAUGUAAUCAACACCUUUACCAACACAGCAGCCAAUGACAGGUGUUCCUUUCUAGGGAAUGUAACAGUCGGCAAAGAUGUGACAGUGGCAGAGCUAAGGCAGGCAUAUGAUGCAGUCAUUAUGUCAUAUGGAGCUGAUGCAGACAAGGAGUUUGGAAUACCAGGAGAGAACUUACCAGGUGUGUACUCAGCGAGGGCGUUUGUCGGCUGGUAUAACGGUCUUCCACAGGACAAACAUCUGGCUCCCAUGUUGGACACAGAUACAGCAGUGGUUUUAGGACAAGGAAACGUGGCACUAGACGUGGCCAGGAUACUUCUGACUCCACUCAGCAUUCUCAAGAAAACAGACAUCACAGACCAUGCGGCAGCAGCUUUGGAGACCAGCCAGGUGAAGACUGUCUACAUUGUUGGCAGGAGAGGACCUUUACAAACAGCCUUUACCAUAAAAGAGCUCCGUGAGAUGACAAAGCUGCCUGACUGUCGACCAGUCUUAGACCCUGCCGACUUUACCGGACUGGAGGACAAAGUCAAAUCUUUGCAGAGGCCCAGGAAAAGGCUGACAGAGCUGCUGAUCAAGACAUCUCAGACAGGGGGCGCUACUGCACAGGAGACACAGAGGCUGGACCAGGCCACCAGAGAAUGGGGGCUGAAGUUCUUAAGAAGUCCCUUAGAAAUUCUGCCCACUCAAGAUGGAACUAGAAUAUCAGCGAUUCGACUAGGGGUGAACAGACUAGAGGGUUCAGACAGCUCAGCCCGAGCUAUUCCCACCGGCGAAACAGAAGUCCUGUCCUGCGGACUUGUCCUCAGGAGUAUUGGGUACAAGAGUGUUCCCAUAGACGACUCUGUCCCCUUCGACUCACAGAAGGGCGUCAUUCCAAACACAGCUGGGAGAGUCACAGGAUGCAAAGGUCUGUACUGUAGCGGCUGGGUAAGACGAGGUCCCACUGGCGUCAUUCUCACCACGAUGACCGACGGCUUUGAGACAGGCAAGGCCGUGGUGGAUGACCUGACCACUGGAGUACUUCAGCCGCUCGGAGGGGUCAGGGGGCAAGAGUGGAUCCAACCAUUGUUGCACAAGAGGGGAAUCCAAGCUGUAACCUUUGAAGACUGGAACAAGAUAGACAAUGAGGAGAUGAUGAGAGGGGAGAAAGUGGGAAAACCGAGGGAGAAGAUCGUAGAAGUGAAGGAAAUGUUACAAGUGGCACUGUCCGGAAGAUAGAGAAACAUAAAGGCACACCAAUGUAUUUUCUUGGUUAGAUUGAAAAUCAAUCAUGAAAACAUAACUGGCAUGGAUAAUGAUAAUAAGUUUAUUAGGGUGAAAUGUAGUUUUGCAAUAUAUAAUUGCACAAUGAUUAACAACGUGGUGUGUUUAAAAGUGUACUGCAUAUAAGUACAAUGUGAAAAAUCUUCCCUUUUGAACUCUCAGGGCAAAAAUCAGUUCACCACAUGUUGAUUUUGUUGCUGAUAAUGAGUGUCUUACAUAAAAAGAAUUACAUAAGGUCACUUCACACCGGGAGUGGAGCAUUAAGUAGGUUUGUUAAGAUGACAGAAUAAGGUUGAUGAAAACUAGAACAUCGUCAUCACAGGAUGGUCGUUGAAUAUAGCCCAUUGACUGCAAAGGUUAGGUA